AUGGCUAUCCUCAAACCUUCCAGACCAGAGUUCGCAUUCGUCUCCCAAGAAUUCAACGACGAUGGAUCCAAGCAGUCCGUGGACCGGAAAACAGUUCGCAAACAGGCAAUGCGCGCUGUUGCUGUCUCAAGAAGAGCCCGUGGGAACUAUGGGAAGCACAACCUUCGCCAGUACCCGAUCAUGCUGCUACUGGAUGAAGAGGUCAAUCAAGCCCAAAAUGGAGACUAUGAACUGGAAGCGACGAGUCAAAUCCAACAAGCCCCAUGCCGAAACUCGUACUCCAUCCCGUCUAGUCCAAUUGCACAAGGUUUCGAGUCGAUGAGAAUAAGAUUCGGUGUCGAUAUUUUAGAACUCCCUUCACUCGCUUCGUCGCACUUAGCCCGACUCGCUUCUUCCAGGCUUGCGUCCGAACCUGCAAUAUUCGCUGGUCUCCUCCAGUGCAAACAGGUCUCUUACAUCGGCCAUGUACCGGCUCGAUUCGGGAAUAGCGUCUGUAUGGAAGACGCAGCCAGUUGUCUCGCAGCCAAGAUGCGUCGGAUGCUCUGCCCUAACGACGCGGCUAUAACGGAUGUGAUGGUGAUCGGGCUGUAUAGUAAGGCUCUGAAGAGCCUUCAGAACGCGAUCAACGAUCCUGUUCAGGUCUUAAACCCGGAUACGCUAUGUGCGACAGAACUGCUCGCCGCUUUCGAGUUUCUCGAAUUCUCGCAACACUACCAAGGAACUAGGCAAUACCACUUGGACGGCGCUGCUUGCAUAAUUCGACAUCGAGGUCCAAACAGCUACAAAUCUGAUUAUGAGAUAUCGCUGUUCAUGGCGCUCUCCGGACCCAUCUUCACAGACGCCAUGUGGCAAAACGACAACCGCUUCAUCGUAGAGGAAGGGUGGCAGAAUGCAGUAUACGCAAUGGUUGAUCCGCACUCUUCACUUGAAGGAAGCCCCAUGGUUGUCGAAUUCUGGGCUCGCAUCGUCCAUGUCAGCGCAUACUUUCGCGAUGUCACCGCCAUCGUAUGUGGACAGGACAUUCUACAAGGAACUAAGUACUCUCACGCCCCUACCUGCACCGAAGGAUGUGAGCAUCCGCCUAAGUCGGUACACGAACUUGCCUGCCGCGGUUUCAAUAUCCGCCGCCGGAUCCAGGAAUGGCGUCAUGAAUAUCGUGAUAUGCUCAUAGAAGAUACCUCCUACCAGCAGUCAAAAGAAGCUUAUGCCGUCUUUCGCUGGCAAUUCUUUGGGGUCUAUCUCUCGGUGACAGCGCUUCUGAACCGUCUCAUAGGAGCCAUAAGUUCCUCGAUGCGGAUUGAACUGGAAAACGAGAGUCAUGAAUUUGCCUCAAGGGUCGUGCUUAUGGAGCAGGAUGCUUUAGAAGAACAGGCCACGGACGAAUUCUAUUUGGCCCAGAAGACUGUCCCCAGGGCCGACUUCUAUUCGACUCAAAAGGUUGUCGUUGCUCGAUCUAUUCUGGCCACCUCGAUGUCCUGGAGUGAUGACAGCAUGACGGAUCAUCAGUCGCCGAUCGGUGAGGAGCAAUUGAUUGAAAGAUGGAAGUUUGAGGCUUGGUGUAAGCUCCUGGGUCGCAGCAACAACAGUCCUCGACGGAAUCUAUGUACUUUGUUCACGGUGUGCUCUCAUGAAGAACUACCAGAGAUAUUCAGUCAAAGUUGAAGCCACGGGUCACGAUUGGGUCACAGGCACGCGGGGCAUGCAUGGAGAAGGUGGCACACUAGUUCCAGAACAAGCUGUCUCGUGUGUACACCUGUCUGCCGCUGCUUGGGUUGCUUCAAUGUAUUUUCAGGAAUCUAAAGAGGAUAGAAGCUCUUUGCUCUUUGCCUUGGGCUAUGUGGAAACUUGUUAAAGCGCUUCAUGCAGUGGCAGACGGGUGAUGAGUGUGCCCCUUUUUCCAUGCCCAACGUGUACAGGUCCUUCCAUGUCUAGCACGGACCCUUCGAAUGCAAGUAGUUCUGCUUUCCUCGAUAUAGAAUUUAACCUCUAUCGCCAAGCAGCUGCCUCUGGUGGGCGCAACUUUAAAUGGUC